CCGUCAAUGACCAUUGACUAGAUUAAAAGUCCGCAAGGGCGCGAGACACCCAUCAACAUCGGUCGGCGAGGACUCGAGGCUAUGGGCUAGGCGCCACAAAGGAUGUCGUGUUGCUUCCGCCUCUUUCUGUUUGACAAGUGCAUUUCCAUGAGGGGGUUUUCUUUCCUGCCUGCGCCCUCUGUACGUCGAGGUUUCAGAAUUUCCAUAGCUCUAAUAAAACAUCAGUGCGGAACAAGUUAGUUAGCUCAAAAUGCUUGACGCUUGAUUCUUGAGGAGCUAAACGAGCCGCCAUGGAUGAUGGCAGAUGGACGGCUAGCGCUAGGUCCACUUGUAAGUUGGCUAUUUAAUAAUAUUUGCGCAAGCAACGUCUCCCAAGCCCGCUCAAGCUGUGGGAGGCCGGUCGACCGGCUUCGCAGGCCGUCUGCUCACUGGAAUAAUAUUUAUACAGGGACAAAAAGGUGAAGCAAGACACCAAUGAUGGAACGUUUUCUGUGUGGGUUAUUUCAGCCGUCAGGCUCUCCAUUCAUAGUGGGGGCUUUGUCUUCCGCAGCCAGUUUCGCUUCCCACCACCAAGAGUUGAGGUUUUAGAAACUGUAUGGGGUGACCGCGGCCGUGGUGAAUUACCUAGGUAUGCAUUCCGUGCAUCUUUCUGCGGCCAGUGUGAAACAAGUGGAAACGUGUCGAGGAUCAUGAAGUUAGCUCGACUUUCGGGAAGAAUAGUCACAUAAUAUAUAAGACAACUUGAAACCAGAGAUUUGGCAGCUUCGGGGGGUCUUUGAGGAUCACUGCUUUGGCACCCAGGCUAAAUGCAUUUAAAAAACCGAACAGUUGGCGUGGGAGCUGUGAGUGGUGGAUUCUGCUGUGAGGCACAAGAGCUUGAGAAAAAAUCAAAUAAAAACAAAAAAUAGCAAAACCUUGGUCAGACAUAAGUGCUCUCUCUCUGGUGGGUAUUGCUGUUUACCUGAGAAGCAGCUCCUGAAAAUACCGGGGUACAUACAUUGGGCAGUACAUUCAGGGUCGAUACACCCUCAAGGAUUAUUGCCAUCCCCCUUCCGUUCGGGUAUGUAUCCCCAUAGUUCUCGCCCAGCACAGGUCCAAAAUGUGGCUGCACAGCUCAUAACUCGAUCUGGAAGUGCCAUUAUCGAAUUCCAAAUUACAACUACGUCAUGCUGGUCGAUGCUUGCGCAGGGGGUAGUUGAUGGAGUGUGUACGCUGUACGGAGUACGGAGUACAUAAUAAAUCAAGGCAGGGGCCAGGAGAUCAGACGAGAAUCAGCACGAUCAUCCUGCAUGCCAUCCAUCUCAAUCUAACACCGCUACCCAGGUUCAGAGUAUUGGAAAUUUGGCGAAUCCAGACGGGGAGGGCUCGACGGAAAAGAUAUUAUGAUUCAUUUUGCUUUGAAUUUUAUUUUUGUAUCGUUCCUGAGUGUUGUCCAGAUGUGGUGAAGGUAACAUUCACACGAGGUCAUCCGUAGGACGGAUGACUUUUUAAUGUUUGGGCGUGGUUACAAUGCAUUUAUCGCCCACUUUGAAGCUCUUGCGAUUGAAACUGUAACUAUUUCUGUAAUCACGGAGGUUCAGUUUGAAAUAAUGAUGGCUAAAAUAUUACACGUCUGAUCAGAGUUUCAAGUGGGGCUUGUGGCGGAAUCGGGGAGUAGCUUCCAAGAUUCCUUGCUGUAGACUCGUGGUAUUUACUUUGGACCGUUUCCUGAAGAACGGAAACAGCUGGAGGAUAGCUGCUUGUGCAUCACGAUGGGCUUGCUUGAUGAUCUCGGGCUGUUGGUGAUAUCGCACUGAUCAAUCAAUCCAUGAAGAAGAUGCUGGUUCAAACUCGCCAAUAGAAAUUACCCCUGAAUGCUGAACAGAAGAGCCCAUUCAUCAUCGAAUAUAAGGUGUUCGGCGCGCAUUCCUUUAGCGCAGCGGCAAAAUUGAAUCCGUCAAUUCUAGGACGUCUUGGCCGGAGGAGAGUGGAAGUAUACGCAGUACUAAUAGAUACUUGCAAAUACAGAGCCUGUUCUUCAUCAUCCUGUGACUUAUUUUCUCCCCGGGUACACCGUCUUCACGCACGCACUGAAGAUAUGGAUCUUGAGACAAGGAGUUGCGUUCUUGAGGCGGGAUAAAACUAGGGACCCAAGGGGUGGUGAAACCAAGCAGAUCAUGGAUUUUUGAUGCAGUGUACUCCGUACGCAUCACUUGGACAGGCACUCAUGGGAGUUCGUGAGAAAGUGGGCGGCUAGCAGGAACAAGGCUAGUGGUGCUUGAGAGGAUGAAGAUCUUCAACCUUUGGUGCCAUCAGGCUGUCAAUGGGGAAUAGUACUGGGCACGGAGUACAUGACUACCAUUAUUGGUGGCCUAUCUAUCCACCUUCACCGAAUUCGUUGGGUUAGUUACUCUGUUGAGUUGGUCCCGGGGUCCCGAAAGCUACGGACUGAAGCCCCGAAGUGGUGGAUCGGGGGCCGCGAAAUAUGAAGUGGUGGCGUUCCUCCGCCCGUGGCAUGGGCCAUCAGACGGAGUGAUAAUAAUAAUGGCAGCGUGGCCCCAUAAUAAUCCUACACCAAAAUGUAAAUCGUUUGCGUAUCCAUGCGCUGUAAAAAGAGGAAAAGAAAGAAAAGGAAUUACAGUCGUUGACGUCAACUACUACUCGGGUUGCCCGGCCCACACCCUCUAUUCUCAUUCAUGGAUAAACAAAAUAUAAUUCGUCUGGCACGUGUGUCCCCAAAGCCGUGCACGGUAUAUUCAAGUUUUGAGCAACAGGAGAAAGGUGAGCAAAAAAAGGUCACAUGGACGGACAGACGGUCAUUUUGGCCGCACAAUCAUCGAGUCAUCGAAGCCAUUUUGGGCUCAUGAACUGCCGUCAUGAUAGAAGCUAAAACAGAACUAUUUUUUUCCCCCAAGAGACAGGGUGGUGGGUGAACGUGCCCUCCCCUUGUGAAAGAGGGCAACAUCCGUCUCGAGAUGGAUUCUCCCUCGCCAGCCAAUAGCAUCCUCGAAGCGACGGAUCCUGGGUGCAAGCAUUCGACCAGGAUAAAUAAAGGCCGCACGCACAGGGGAUAGUUCCGACAAGCCCUGCUACCACCCGCGAUUUCAGUAGCUGGCAUUUCGCGGCCGGGGGUCCCUGGUAGUGCCAGCUAGAUAUCGGAAGCAACUUACAUAUCUAUGAUGAAGCCAUCAGACAUGUCGUAAACGAGGAGCCUGUUCCUGGCGGGUCGCUCCGUGUGCCUGGAUUAUGAUUGCCUGUACAGAGUAGUCCCUGGAUGUCUGGACACGGAGCAAACGCGGAGCACAAAAAUCCUUGGUAUUCGGCAGUAGCUUGCCACUCGCAGCCUGUAACCUUGGAAAUCCAGACGGGCUUACUUACAAGUUAGUUACCCACAGGGCCACAGCCUCCAAGCGCAUGGAGCCCCAUAGAUCGACACGCUGGAGGCUUUUGUGCCUGUCUUGGAGGAGGUUGGCUGUAUUACUAUCUGCGUGGAUGCUUAUUAUUUCGUGCUACGACCCGACCAGCUCCAUACAGUACCGUACUGGGCCUGACAGAGAGCCGCAGUAGUACUUGUGCGUCGUGGUCAGUUGACAUGGUUGGUACCCGAGGUAUCUCCCCUGGUUGCACAUAACCAGAUGUAACUGAGGCGGGCUGCCCCAGUACCUGGUCCUGCUGGCGGAUGUUCCUGGGUGUGGUACGGUCACAUACGGCCCGUUUCCUCAGUACGGGUACCCUGCCGCAGCCAACUCGCCCCCCGGUACAGGACCAAUACGGUGCCUGGCCCUGUACCUGUACCCGUACCGUACCGUACCGCCGUUCCCCUCCGCAGCCCGGUCUGACUUUUGGCGUCUGUCUUCUCUUCCUCAUCUUCAAGACGACGACGACGACGACGACGACUUCUUUCUCUAUCCCACACUCUCUCAACGACCUCUCUCAACACACAGUCUUCUUCUUUUCUUUCUUUCAUUUUAUAUUUCUCUCUGUGCCUAUCUGUCUAUCCUUAAUUCAUUGCUCCGGCUUCAUUACGGUCACUCUUUUACUGUUUUUAACCUUAGGCCCUCGCCUUGUCACUCCUUUCUGACCCGACGUCCCACAUCCAACCCUUUGUCACUCCUUCGUAACAACGACAUAUUUCCUGUCCACCGCACCACUACCUUUCCUUCUUCACGGCAUACCUCUGAAAUACUACACACCUCCGAUGAGAUAGGCUUCCUUCCACGGCUGCCUGCAGUGCAGCAAUCCCAACUCUCUGUCAUCUGAGCUGCGGUCACAUUCAACUCCUCCUUUCUAUACCCACCUUUGAGCAUAAUGAGCUACCUUCAUCACCCCUUUCCUUUUGGUGGACAUGCAAUCCCCGUUGACCAGCCCGUUGGCUAUGGAGUCCCGAUCCGGCACCCCCAAUUGGGCCACUCCGUAGAUACUUAUCUACUCCCCAACGCCCCGAUCGAUCUGGCAGAUUACUAUCACCAAGCUGCAUUACUGGAAGACUUCGAGCAAUACACGGAGAAUCUAUCGCGCCCCCGGUUAACAAAACAACAAGUCGAUACCCUCGAAGCCCAGUUUCAGGCCCAUCCAAAGCCAAAUAGCAACGUCAAGCGCCAAUUAGCGGCGCAGACAAAUCUCACUUUGCCCAGAGUUGCUAAUUGGUUCCAAAACCGGCGCGCAAAGGCAAAGCAACAGAAGAGGCAGGAGGAAUUCGAGAGAAUGCAGGCGAGUGAGAAAGACGAACAGUGGCAAAAUAACGACGCCCCGCAGAAAGAAGGAGAAUCAAAGCAACAAUCGGAGCUCCCGGAAUCGUCCACAACCCCUACCCAGCGUCCCGCUUCUAUUUCAUCCUGUUCAAGUCCCUUGAGCCCGGCGAAGCAGGAGGAACAACAACAAGCAUCCGAUUUCACAACCAAAACCGGAUGCCCUGAGUCGCCCCAGAAAGCCAUGAACGUCUCUAUGCCCUCUAGUGCCCAAUUCAAUCAGCCUGUGGAGAAUAAUGGCCCAGAUAGACAUGAGUCUUCGGCUAUCACAUAUCAUCUUUCUCAGUCUCCUUCGGGAAAGAACGGCGGUAGCACAUUCACUUCUAGCCUAUCUGGAUGGAACGGAAUGGAGGAUAAUCAUGCCAUAUGGCCUUCCCCGCAAGGGGCCGAAGAUAGUUUUGAUUUCGGCCAUUUGAAUAGGCACCAUGACAACCCACUCGAAAUCCGCGUUCAGGGGAGCCCGCAUUUCCCUAGUAUCCAGUUCAGCCACGAGCCGGAUGGAUGGGGCUACCACAGCAUGCCGCACUUGGUGGGAGAGCAACGGCAUAAUAGCCAAGAUUCAGGCGACGGCUUUUACCAAAUACCGUUCCAUGCACUACAGUCUCCGCUGUAUCCUGAAGAACCACGGCGGGAUUCUUACUCCUCGGAACAGUCUGAGCUCGCAGAUACACUAUUCCACACUGAAAUAAACAACGUGAUUGAAUUAUCUCCUCAAAAUACGCCCCAUUUGAACUUGGCACAGUUGCACCACCAAGCCGAGCCCAGCACCAAUUGGCGGUAUCCUGAGAAAGAAGUUGAUAUUGCGGGUAGACGGAAGCGACCCCGGCCGGCUGCCAUCGGAACUUCUUCCAUGUCCCGUUCAUACGGACCUUCGUCCAUGUCUCCAACCACUAGGAUUCACGGUAUGGGUGCCGGCCAUGUCCUUCGACAUGCGAAAUCUACCCAAAACCUGAGCCCUAGUCACACUUCUCGAUACCCGGGGAUUCGAAAAGCCUCCGCUCCCCAACGCUCCCCUCUAGGCAUAACUAGCUUCGCAGAAGCCAGCCUUUUCAAUUGCGCCAACGCGACAGACAUGAUGUCAACAGUGCCUGGUCUGGUAACAACAACCUUGGCUCCGCCAACUCCGUUGACACCAGAAGAUCUCCGAACUCUUCUUCCACCAACCCCGAAUGACAGCCAAUACUGUGUCUCUCCAACGGACGAUAUGGGUUGCGCGCGAUUUUUCCCCAUAUCCCAACCUAUGCAAGUGCACAUCGAAUCCCCGCCCACGACACCACUGCAUUUAGGGGUCCCAUCACACUUGCAAUAUCAGUCCAUGGGUGUUCCGAUGUCUGCGUCGUCCCAGCGUACAACAUUUCAGGAGUACGCGCUCUCUGUCCCAACCAAUCCGAUGAAUGGUGGCCUCUGGUCCGAUGUGUCUUCAAUGCCAUCCCCAGAGACUUCCCAUUUACAACAGCCAACAAUCCAUAUGCCCCAGCCAACGCAUAUUUCUCCAAUUACCUAUGAGGAGUCCUUCGAUUCCGGAAAUCCGGCUCUCGUUGAGGACACAGUGACAAGCCAAAGUGAAUCACCCCAAUGCACUGUGAAAAGCUGCGGCACGCCGACAACGUCAUCGCCCCAAGGUUCCACCCCUGGCUCACAGAAAGUGACCGAAUUUCUAAUCCAGGAAUUCCCAGAGCAGCAGGAAGCACACAGGCGGGCAGCCGAACAGCUGCCCCCUCAGAAGCCCAUGAACUAUACAUUCUCCAACCACACGCCCAAUGAUUUCUAGAAAAUUUAUUUUCCCUUCUAGAAUCCGGGGUUGGCUCUAUUAAUACUUAAUCACCCUCAAACCAACCAACUCUAGUUUAGCAGCCCGUUUACGAUUUCUACUAAUAAACCUCACGCAAAUAUAUAAUUGUAAUAUCCUUUGCUCUCUUCCCUCUUGGCUUGAGCUUAAUCUAAUUAUCCCACCAUCACUCGCUGCGGCCUUUUGUUUUCAUCUUGCAAUACCCAACCUUACUUGUUGGAAACGUCACGCAACUUUACAUUACUACACCACUGCUAUUAUUACUUCUAAUGCUACUAGGGGAGAACCUUAACCCAGCUCCCCCGUGCCCUGUUUGUCAUGCUUUUCCUUAGUCCAUUACUCAUCUACAUAUAUUCUAUCAUACCCAUUUCGCAAUCUCUGUCUCUGUCUCUGUCUCUCUCCCUCUCUCCCUUUUCCUUUUGUUGCUGCGGAGCAACUCUUCGGUUUGUAUAUGACACGCAGAAAUGGAAAUUUUGGCGGUACCCCCCUGGCUUCUAUCGUUUCAUUUCAUUUCACUUUCAUCCUUUUUUUUUUUCUUUUCUUUGUCCUCACACGAAAACACCAUAUCUGAUAAUAGCUAUUAUUAUGUUCUAAUCAACUAAUUCCCUACUUUCUUCUCCUUCUACGCAGGCGCUUCACAUUCUCAUUUCUUCCUGCCUCUGAAACCUUGACUUUUCCCCCUUUUACCAUUGUUAGUUUAUUGUCUCCUCUCUUACUAUUUUUUAAUAAUACCCCUUGAAUACGUUUUUUUUUAAUAUAGCUUAGCAUGUUACUUUCUCAGUUCUUUCACUACUACUUCUUCUAACAAUGCUGUUUUCUUUCCCCCGUUUUUUUUUAUUGUUUUCAUUCUUAUUCUUAUGCGUUGGUUUUUGUCUGCUUCAGUUAUAUUUUUUUUCAAAUUUUCUUUCUGAUAGCUUUCUGCUUUUCUUUUCUUUCUUUCUUUCUUUUUUUUUUUCAUCUUCUUACUUCUACUCUAUGAUAAACGUCUACAAUAUCUAUCUAUCUUCCUACUGCUUCUCUACAACCAGCGUAUACGCCCGGAAUAUAAUAUUGCUGUUUAAUUCUUCAUAUCUAUACACCUUUAUAAUACAGCAUUACUCAAUUCUAUUAAUAUAAAUAGCAUAUGUCACUUACUACCGGGCACAUUGUAUAUAAUAGAAAUAAAAUAUUAUUUUAUUCUUUGCUUCUUCUGGCAACA